AUGGCAGAUCAAAUCUCAAAUAUUCUCGAACACGCCUCGCUCGAAGAUAACGAUCCUCCCAAAACAAUUCUCAAGAAAAUGCUCUCAGUCCGUUCCGUUGUCUCCACCUCCUCCUCAUUCGCCAAACGCAACCAAGAAGCCUCCUCCGACAUUUCCCUUCAGCAGUUUUCUGAAAUUGGUCAAGGAAGCUGUGGACAUGUCUUCGCGCAAAUCGGAACUGCUCAGGCAGUUAAGCGAGCUCGUGAGGAUGGCCCUGAUGCAUCAGCACUUUGGAAUGACUUCUUGAUGCACAAGAAAGUGGAGCAAGGAUUUGAGGUCGCAAAUUCUUCUGGACUUCCCACUGUUCACAUUCCUCGUCCAAUCCUCUUCUAUAUCAGCCGCGAUGAUAAAGCCUGGUGGGAAAACAACAUUCAUCGAUUCCCAACCGACUUCCAAACUCCCAGCAACUUGCUGAUGUCCGAGCGGAUUCUCCCACUUCCCAAGGUCAUUCGAGAGGCGCUCAUGCAGCUCUCUACUGCCCCGAGCAUCUGCGAUCCGCUCAAUUUGCCCAUCCUAAAAACAAGGACUGUCUAG